UGCAGGCGUUCAAGUAGGAACUAUUAAAAACAAAAUAUCCUAGAGUUUAAUAAGUAAUAUAUUCUAUUCCAUCCGUCCUCCCAAUCGAAUUGAAAUCUCUCCGAUUGCCUCCAAUUUGCACAGUAACUAGAAUACUACUUUGACAACCACGAUGUCCACCGAUCUGAUCAUUGAAAAUGUGAGCGGUGAUCCAGCUAUGGAGAAGAGGCGACGAAGGAGGCGGGAAAAUACGGAUUCAAAAGGACCAAUCAAAAUCGUUUCAUCUUUGGGUGAAGGAAAACUAUUGGACCGUUUCCAAUCAGCUGUUUCAGAAAAAGACAAAAAAAAGAAGAAAUUCGAUAAAAACGAAAAAAUGAGACAAAUGCAAAAAGAAAAACGAGAGAGAGAGGUCGCGAAGUUCAAGGCUGAGAUCAACGCACUUCUUGAAGACGAGACGCCGACUCUGAAGCCUUCUGAGAAAAUGGCGACUUUUGUGCCAAAGCUGAAAGGAACAGUGAAGGGUAAAUUUGAAGAAUUGGAGAAGAAAAAGCAAGAAGAUGAGCGGAAAAAAGCUGAAAAUGAAAGAAAAAGAAGAAACGAAAAGGAUCAGCGGGACAGGAAGAUGAUUGAAAUUGAAUUAGCAAAAAAGAAAUUACAAGAGAAACAAGAAGGAAUUGAGAACUGUGAAGAUGAGACACAAUUCACCACAAAAGGCAGAAUAAAAAAGCCUGGUAAAUUGAACGCUUCCAGUUUCGAAGAAAUGGCAAAGAAAAGGGAAGAAAAAGAACGGAAGAAGGCUGAAUUAGAAAGGAAAUUGAAAAUGGAAGCAGAAAGAAAAGCGUUCAAAGAAAUAAGCCAACAGAAUCAGAAUCAAUCCGAAGAGGACAGUGAUUCAGAUACCCUGCAGAAGGAAUCACCGGCACCAGUAAAGAAGCCGAAGAAACUUUCAACAAGGUUUGAUGAGAUCGCCCUAGCUCAGGAAGAGGAAAAACGGAAAAAGGCUGAUCGGGAAAGCAAGAAAAGACUGGAAGAAGAAAAAAGAAUGUUCAGAGAAGCAAAAUUGGCCGCUGGUGAUGAAGAAUCUGACCCCAGUACCGGAAGUUCAGAGGAAGUUACAAUCAAACCGAGUCGACUUUCAAGUUCAUUCACGAAAUUUGAUGUUUUGGAAAAGGAGAGAAUUGAAAACGAGAGAAAAAGAAUUCAAGAAAGAAGGAAAAAACUUCUUGAGGAAGAAAUGAAAAUAUUUGAGGAAUCGAAGAAAAAUUUACUGGAAAACCAGGAAAGUUCUGAAGAAGAAGCGGAAAUACAGAAAAAGAAGAGCGCAAAACAAAAAAGGCCUAGGAGAUUGGAUUCAUCACUGACACAGUUCGACAUCAUGAACCGACAGAAACUGCAGGAAAAACGGGAAGAAAUUCAGCGAGAAAGAGCAAAAUUACUGGAAGAUGAAAAGAGAAUGUUUGCCGAACAGAAGAAAAAAAUGGCGAGCGCUCAAUCAGAUGAUUCUCUGUCAACAUUUAGCGGCACUGAUUCAGAAUCAGAACGAGAUUCGCCUGAAAGCGAUAAAGAAAAGUCUGAGAACGACAGGAAAAAGAAGAAAUUGACAAAACGGCGUAAGAAGCCUAAAACCAACGAAGGAAAACCGUCUAAGUUAGAUGGAUCGAAACUCAGGUUUGAUGUCUUGGAAAGACAGAGAAUGGAAAAGGAACGCUGGCAAAUUCAGGAACAGCGCAGAAAGUUACUGGAAGAAGAGAAGAAAAUAUUCGAAGAAGCAAGAAAACAAGACUGGAAGGAAACGAAGAGAGUUCGGAAGAAGAUGAAAACAAGAAUAAUAAGAUAUUCUAAUCUUUUCAUAAUUUUUCUAUUUUUUUACAAACUUUCAUCUCUUCACUGUCUUGUAGCGUCACCUGGUGGUGUCCCGAGCAGACUCGACUAUUCUAAGACUCGGUUCGAUAUUAUGGCGCAGCAUAAAAUGGAAGAGGAGCGUCAAAGAAUAAGAGAAGAGAGGGCGAAAUUACUCAACGAGGAGAAAAAAUUAUUUGAGGAAGAGAGAGAGAGAAUAAAGGAAGAAGAAAAUGAAACAGCUGAAAUGAAACCUACUGAAAAGUCCUUGAAAAAGCCGAACCGACUCGAUAAGUCAUUCACAGAAUUUGAUGUGAUGGCCAAGCGAAAGAAAGAGGAAGAACGGGAAAAAAUUCAGCAAGAAAGCCAGAAAAAGCUGGAAGAAGAAAAAAAGAUGUUCCGGGAAGCAAAGAAAAUGAUGGAAGAAAAUGAAGAAUCUGAGGAGGACUCACAGGGAAGCCCAAAAAUUCGACGCACCCCCCAAAAACUUUCAAAGGUAUUCACUGAGUUUGACGUUAUAGAGAAGAAGAGAAUUGAGGAGGAACGCAACAGAGCGUAUCAACUCAAAUCAACUCAACUGGAGGAAGAAAAAAGAUUGUUUGCCGAAGCUAAAAGACUUCAAGAAGAAAAGGACUACUCAUCUGAUGAAGAUGAAACAGACAGUGUUCGAGUCCAACAAAUAUCUCCGAGCAGACUUUCAUCAACGCUGACCAACUUCGAAGAACAGGAGAAGGAGAGAGCUGAAAAAGAACGCAUGGUGGCGCAAGAGAGAAAAAUUAAAGAAAUGGAGGAGGAGUUAAAAAGAUUCCAAGAAGAAAGAGAACAAAUGAAUGAUAGCGAUAAGGAAGAGAAAUCCGAAAUCCCAUCGCCACAAGUCAGGCAACCUCGGCCCAAGAAAUUGUCGUCGACGUUCACCCAGUUUAACGAGAUCGCUAAAAUGAGACAAGAAGAAGAGAGAAGGAAAAUGAGAGAAGAAAAAGAGAGAGAAUUAGCAGAAGAGAGAAGAAGGUUUAAAGAAACGAAAGAAGCUGAGGAGAGUUGCAGCGGAAGUGAUGAAGAUGACAUCUUAAAAGAACCAAAACUGCAUCGACCAAUCAGCAAGUUGAAUGUGAGACAACAAAUGGAUGCAGUGCUGAAGGCUCAGCGUGAAGUUGAACAAAAACGAAUCAUGGAGACAAAGUUCUGUCGAAUGACCGUUGAGCAGCAAGAAAUGUUUUUGGCGAAAGAAAAACAGCUCCAAAUUCUACAAGAAAAACUUGCCAAAGCUCAAGCCGAGUAUGACAGCGAGGAGUCUGAUUACUCAACUGAAUAUACUGACGAGAGUGAGGAAGAAUUUGAGGAGAAUUACGAAGAAAAUGAGGAAGAAGAAGAGAGUGAAUCAGAGGAAGAGCAGGAAGACGACCAAAGGCCAAUAUCUACAACACGGGAGGACGUCAGCACCCCCGGCAGCAGUGAUUCAGGCUACACAGGAGCUCCGUGGUUUACUAAUACGUUGUCUAACAUUACUUUGACUGAGGGAAAACCAGUGAGAUUUGACGCUGUGAUACAUGCGAAUCCGCACCCCAAGGUGACGUGGUAUUUCAACAACCGUGUCAUCAGAAACAGCCCAGACUACCAGUACAUCAACAAAGGCACUCAGUACUCUCUGUACAUGAAUGAGAGCUUUGUAGACGAUAUGGGCGAAUACAUGUGCAGAGCGGAGAAUAACAAAGGGGUUGCAACAAGCAAAGCUAUACUGACUGUUAUAGAACUUGAUGACUGAAUGACGCAGAUUUAAAGAAGUUCAUACAAAAGUUCAACCCAUUGAUUAUGAUGAAAGAAUGGCCAUCGAUUCAAAGACAGAACUCUACCACUGUGAUAGAAUCAGAAUUACUAGUCAAGCAUCCAGUAUUUAGAUACAGAAUCGGAUUUUCAUAUUUAUUUCUGGGGCAGUGGAAAGAUGACAAUACGGCUUUGUCCUGAUUUCAAAUUUAACGGCCUCGCGUUCCGUUACCGGUCAAUGUCAGAUAUGGGAAUAGUUAGCCGGUUAUUUGUUUCAGUUGCAUGGACUUAUACGUAUAUUUAAGAACGAAGGGUUCACUGCAACCUGUGUUUCCCAGGAGGGAUUGUCUUUUGAAUUUUGAAAUUUCAACUAAAUUGAAAAAUCCAAAUCCAACUUAGGAAAAUUUAAAAUUUUCAAUCCGAAUUAGGAAAAACUAAACCACGAAUUUGACUAAUAUUAAUAAAAACAUGUCAAACAUUCGACUCCAGUGAAUUCAAAAAUUCCACUCUGAUUCUCAAACAUGCAGAAUUUUAAAAAACUACCCCAGACUGAAAAUAGGGCUUUGACUCGAGCGGGUAUUUGUAACAUGCCAAACACCGAUUCUGCAGAUAUGAAUGGGACUAGUUACCCAGACUUGCUUUCUCUACUUUCAUUGUGCUUUUGUAAUAUUGCUUUUUAUGCUGUAACUUUUUCCUAUUACUUUGAUAACUUUACUCUUGUAAUGCAUGUACCAGGUUAGGGUUAGGCCAUGAUUUUAUUCCGAUUUUCCCUAAUCUUUCCGGUUGAACUGAGAAUAUUUUAGUUCUCUUACGAGUUCGGGGACUGUCCGUGUUAACCAAGUGAAUACACCCU